CAUGAUUACCGUGUUUACGGCAUUCCAAGAUAAAAUACAGUAAACACUAUUUACUGGUUGGCUCAUGAAGUUUUCUAACUGAGGCUCUGUAGAUCUCCUUAAAUAUCAUCUAAUAGAGAAGCAGCUUGGAAUCAUCCCAAAUGCUCCUUUGCCACAUUGCCUCCAGGUCCCUAGCUCCUCGGUUGAGCGAUGCUGUCAGGGCCCGGCCGCCUGCCUCAAGGCCACUGGUCGAGAUGGUGCGGUACAAUUCAGACAUGGCCAAGUUCCGGGAGGUGUUCUCUAAGGCCAAGCACAUCGCCAUCAUCACUGGGGCAGGUGUCAGUGCCGAGAGUGGUAUUCCCACCUUCAGGGGAGCGGGGGGCCUCUGGCGGAAAUGGAAAGCACAGGACCUGGCCACUCCAGAGGCCUUCUCCAGGGACCCGUCUCGCAUCUGGGAGUUCUACCAUCACCGGCGCGAGGUGACACUGAGCAAGGUGCCCAACCCGGCGCACUUCGCCAUCGCAGAGUGCGAGGCGCGCCUCCGCAAGCAGGGCCGCUCCGUGGUGGUCAUCACGCAGAACGUGGACGAGCUCCACACCCGCGCCGGCUCCAAGCACGUGCUGGAGAUCCACGGUAAUUUGUUCAAGACCCGCUGUAUCAGCUGCGGAAGUAUAGAGGCCAAUCACAAGAGCCCCAUCUGUCCGUCGCUGCUGGGCAAAGGCGCACCUGACCCAGAAACCAGCGAUGCCCGUAUUCCUGUCAAUGAUUUGCCCAGGUGCGAGGACAGCGGCUGCCAUGGUCUGCUGCGACCUGAUGUGGUCUGGUUUGGCGAGACUCUGGACUCCAACGUUCUGACGCAGGUGGAGAAGGAGCUGGACAUGUGUGACCUCUGCCUGGUGGUGGGCACGUCCUCAGUGGUGUACCCGGCGGCCAUGUUUGGCCCACAGGUGGCCUCACGAAGAAUGCCCGUGGUGGAAUUCAACACCAACAUCACCCCCAAAACCACCUACUUCACACAUCACAUUCGGGGGCCAUGCGGGACAACGCUGCCUCUUGCCCUCGCACGUCAUGAGUCGGAGGUCAUCUGACUGCUCAUGCACCUGAAGCCAGAGGACAUUGACCCCUUCAUGGGUCACUGGAGCUGCACAAAUAUGCCUCGUCUCUCUGGACAACUGGAAAGUUAUUUCAACUGCCUUAUGCGUCGGACUUUGUCGGUGGUCCAAAUCUUUGUCGCUGGAGACAUUCUCCAGUUUUAGGAAUAGCUUCUAUUUCUCGGGCUUAACUUGAAUGGGAUGUGGGACUGUGAUAGAGGGGGUUUAUCAGUGGGUUUGUAGUGUGAUAACAUGUAGUUUGCAGAGAGCUGUAUUUAUUAUGUUUAGUGUGAAUGAGGGAACAGCUGUCAUCUCACAUGGGCUGGUACGGUCACAAUGCAUUCAGUGCGGUCCUCGCUUAUCACAGGUGCUGGGACACGGUUUCGGUGCCUUCUACACUGCUACUCUUACAUUGUAUAUCAGUGCUGCUCCGUGCAGACGGUGCAUUAGGGACUAUUCACAGGAUAUUAACAGUCAUGAUUUUCAAGUGCUGCUUCUGCAAAGGGAGAUUUAAAAAAAAAAAAGUCUGCCAUCGCUAGGCGGUUGGACCCACCCAGUUCGCAGGGUGACUUAUAAGGAUGGUACGUGCUGAGAGCUCCAACAGUCCGUCUGGAAGUGACAAAGCAAAGUGUGUCAUUAUCUGUGCAUGGGAUAUAUGCAAGGGAUCAGGCAGGUAGUGCAGCUUUACAUGCCAUGCAAUGGCCAGUUACAUUUAAAAAAAAAAGCAUUUUCAAAGCAGUUUACAGUUAUUGCCUUACUCUUACUUGAUUAACCAAACAUUGUAUGGAGCACUUUGUGUAAUGGUAGAACGAUAUGAAUUGAUCACAAAUGGAUUGAGAGAGGAAGCCACGGAGGCUUUCUAAAUGAGUACCAAAACCCCAGGAGAUUAAGAGGAGGGGGUAGGGAUCCGUUCACACUGCUGCGUUUCUAUAAUGUCCGGAUCAUUCUGUUACAUUCCAAACCUUAGUUAAAAACUGGAGGAUCUUUAUACUGGUGUAAGGAGGUGACCAAAGUGCCAAUAUAUAUUGCCUUUACAUAUGUCUUUUUUGUUGUUGUUGUUGUUUGGCUGUGUACGCACAAUUCUCACAGUUUUCAAUAUUCCGACUCUCUCUGAAUGUACUCCAGGGUGAUGAUUGACACUAUGGCUCUACAUGUUCAAUUCAAGUGAUGUGCUUCCUUGUUUCUUGUCACUUGUGCUCUCACUUCUGCUUCAUGUCCUCGUGGUCGAGCAAGGGCACGUCUGUGUGUGGUAUGUAAUUGUAUGUCCAGAGGCAUUAUUGGUGUCUUUUCAACACACUCCAAGGGUCUAUGAUAUUAACUGUGUAUUGGGAAAGGAAUGUGACCCAGCUUUGACCAAAUCUGGCGUGCAUAUUUCAAAUCAUUCUUCUUUAAUAAUGCUAUAGUUGUUAAUCGCUUGAACUCAGUGUUCUCUUCGGUGUGUACUGAAAUCCGAACGCAAUCCAAACUACAUGUUGUUUACGUCACUGUCUAGGAAGCAUAGCUAUGCAGUGUGUGUACCAGGAGACUGACCAUGGGCACAUCACUACUGUGUUUCACUUCAGCUGAAAUUUCGCGCACAUUAAUACAAACUAAACACAUAUAACACUCAGGACUCAGCAUGAUGUAUUGGGAGACAGUGUAUCCAUUCAAACAUUCUCUGGUAGAUUGCAAAAUGAGUGUUUUAUACUUGAUCUGGAAUCAUAAUAAAGAACUUAGAGAUGCAUA